AUGAAGAAAAAUGAAGAGAUUGUAAAAUUACUGUUGGAGAGUUCCGCUGAGUAUGAUGACAAAUUCUACACCUCUGUUCCUGGACCCAGAACGAUGGCACGAAAGUUAAAUAUUCCAUCUAUAAAACAGUUCUUUGAUGACCUGUCAACGGAUGAGCCCCACUGCGACAAAGCCAUAUGGGACAUCUUUGAAGUAGCCACAGUGGGACAUAAACACGGUAUUGAUACACCUAUAAUUUUCAAUAAUGAUACAGAAGAAGAAAGCUCUCAAGUACAUACAUUUAGUUAUGACAGAUCUAGACCAGGAAACAAGACAUUAGUUGUCAGAGAUCAAGGAACAAAUAAGAUAAAUUGUAGUGUUAGAGCGAAGUCUGCCGGUGUUUAUGACUGGGUUGGUGAAGUUCCUGGAGAUAUGCACGCCAAAGGUAAGGACUGUACCACGAAUCUAGAGUAGAAAAGUACAAUUUGCGGGAGUGUUUAUCUCCCCAUCCAUCCUCCGAUUUUCAGGGCCCGGUUGUACUAAAGCCGGAUACCUGACCUAAUGUUUUAAAUGGCAUGAUGGCGUGGUUGGGUGUUCAAACCUAGUUGCAAUAAUACAACUCAGUCGAAGAGCAAACAAAUAUAACCACGCCAUUGUACGAUGAAAACUCUAAGUAUUCCCAGUCAAUUUUAGCAAAUAUUUCAAGCACUAAACAGUGAAAAAUACAUUGCAAAUUUCGUUAAUUUGUGAUGCCAAUUUUGUAGCUGCAAAUGUAAAAAAAUACAAAACAAAGAUGAAAAACAUUUACCUUGAAUAUUUUGUAGUGGCUUAGGCAUGUUUUUAAAACAAUUGGACUAGUUCAUGCUUCAGGCAAAACAACAAAAAUGCCGAGAACUUUGGCAAUAUUCGCAAUAUGUGUGACGUCACGUUUUUCAACAAGGAUGAGUCAAUGACUUCAGGAAGUUUCCUAUCCAGUUAUUUUACAAUCCAUGGUCAUACACAGACAACAGCAAAGUACCAGUAAUAACGGUAUACUAGUAUAUGGCCCAAAAAUCUGUGUAAAAAUGCGCGAUGAACAUACGUACAGUACAUGUGUAUAUUUCGUCUUGAUCACUUAUCGGUUGUGUACCUAUCAAGAAAAAACUGAAUAUGUUUACUCUUAGUUUAUAGCAGAUAAUUUGUUUAAUAAAACACCUUAUCCAGUAUAUAUCACGUUAUUCUUUAUACUAGAUUAUCUGUUUGUAAGUGCUUGACAUGUCAUAUGAUACCUUGCCAUAUAUAUACAUACUGUAAUAGUAAAAUUGGGUAUACUGCGCCUGUAGAGAAGUAUUGUUAUUUUAAACUAUAGUACUUUGUUGUGAUUUACACAGGCUAUUUCCUAGAAGUUUGCAAGAAAACUAUGGGCCCAGGAGGUUUUGUGUGUGUUCUUCAUCAUAUGAUUAAAAGGCAUAAAUUGAAUGAUGCUGCAUUUGGCGAUAAAAAGUUUCAAAAUCAAAAUCUUGGGAAGAUUGAUGAAGCUGUUCGAGAUAUCUGUAUGGCGUAUGGAUUAGCGGCUGUUCAGUUGUAUAAGAAAAGUGAAUUCUUUCCUACAGAAAGUGAACUUACUGAUCACCUAAAUCGAUUUAAUAAUCAUAACCAACUACUCCUCAAAACCGUACUAUUUGUAGUACACAAAUUUAAAAUCUCUGUCUAA